AUGCUGGAUCGUGCGUUUGUAUGUGCUCGCUGCACAGUGCAAGGGGGUCGCCCAGUCCUCUCUACGAAGUCAUUGAGGGCAUUUGUAGCCCCUCGUCGGUUUAACAGCCAUGUCGCUGUGGGAGAGAGGCCCUUUCGGGUCGCUAUUGUGGGCUCUGGCCCCGCUGGAUUCUAUGCAGCUGCACGCCUGCUCAGCAAGCAGAAUGAUGCGGUAGUCGAUAUGUAUGAGAAACUCCCGGUGCCGUUCGGGUUAGCAAGAUACGGAGUCGCUCCAGAUCAUCCCGAAGUUAAGAAUUGCGAAGAGAAGUUUGAAGAAGUCGCAACGUCCUCGCGCUUUAAUUUUGUGGGCAAUAUCGACAUUGGCAACGAUCUUCCACUCUCUUCACUAAAACCUCAUUACGAUGCCAUACUCUUUGCUUACGGGGCUUCCGAAGACAAAGAACUUGGAAUACCAGGCGAGAAGGCUCUCCGUAGCGUAUACUCCGCGCGGUCCUUCGUCGGGUGGUACAAUGGCUUGCCCGAGCAUCGAGAUCUAGACCCUGAUCUGAGUAGCGGCGAGGAUGCAGUGAUUGUCGGGCAAGGAAACGUGGCGCUGGACGUUGCAAGAAUCCUCCUUACGGACGUGGAUAUUCUGCGCAAGACUGAUAUUGCUAGCCAUGCCGUGGAAGCUUUGGCCAAGAGUAAGAUCAAGCGCGUGCGGGUUGUAGGCCGGCGAGGGCCCUUGCAGGCCGCGUUCACAAUCAAAGAAGCCCGUGAGCUACUACAAUUGCCCUCCGUCUCAUUUGAGCUCAUCCGCAAGGAGGUCUUCCCUCCCGACGAAGUCAUCAAUGGCCUACCGCGAGCCCAGAAAAGAUUAAUGCAGUUGUUGGCCAAGGGCUCCGCUACGGAUCCCCAGACGGCCACAAAGUCAUGGGCCCUCGACUUCCUCCUUUCUCCCAAAUGUCUCAACUGGGAUCCGAUCCAUCCAUAUCAUCUGACUCAUGCUCACUUCUGCCGCAACGAACUCGAUCCCUCGGAUCCCUUUAACCCUAGCGCAAAAGUAACACCCAAACAUCUAUCCAGCGGUCUGCGUGCAGAAGUCAAGCUACCUUGCAGCGUCUUCUUUCGUAGUGUUGGUUACAAAUCCCUGCCUCUGCCCGGUCUAGAAGAUCUAGGAAUUCAAUUCGACGAGCAGCGUGGUAUCAUCCCGAACGACGGUUUUGGCCGCGUCAAGAGUCCGUUAGAGUCGGGUGAAACCCAGAAGCUGCCCGAUGGAUCCCUGAUCUCCCAUUUGCCCGGCCUCUACUGCGCCGGGUGGGUCAAGCGAGGCCCGACUGGCGUAAUUGCCUCAACAAUGACUGAUGCUUUCACCACAGUGGAUACCAUACUCCAGGAUUUGGCUAGUCAUCAGGGCUCCGGAUCAAUGCUUCAUGCGCCUGGACACAGCACUGGUCUUGGCUGGGACGGUGUAAAAGCUGAAGCGGAUCGUCGGGGCCUGCGGGCUACAUCUUGGCAAGACUGGCGGCGAAUCGAUGCUGUUGAGCGCGAGAAGGGCCAAGAAAAGGGUAAAGUGCGAGAAAAGAUUACUCGUGUACAAGAUAUGUUGGAUGUAGUUGGUUGA